AUGUUCGGGUCCCGAGACGAUCGAAUUCGCAAGCUGUUAGCCAUCGCUGGUCUAUCUCCACCGGCCCAGAUCCCAAAACUGAAGAGGCCAGCUUCUCGACAUUCCCAUGCCGCAUCUUCCGGUGAUAUUGAGGAAGCACGAUCGCUACUCGUUCAGCAACGAACCGCCGAUCCUGGUUACAAGCCACCCGAGCGACAGUUUCGCAACAAGUUCAGGUCGCGCAAGCGUCGAGAGGAAAACGCGAACCCGCUCAACUGGGUCUUCACCAAACAUGAGGUGGCUCAGGCGUUCGACGUCAUGCUGUCCGUCAGGCCGCUGGCGGACUCAGGCGUUGCGCAAGCACUUCUGCUUCAAGCGCCAGAGACCUCCGUGGACCGUCUCUGGGCUCAGCUUUAUGGUGCAAAACCAGAGAGCACGCUCAAGAAUCGGUUCAAGAAGUCCAGGGAUUCGCUAUCACAAGAGUUACCUGGGAUGACCUGGUUAGACGACGCGGUCCGAGAAGAGGAUCUGGAGUAUAUCCAGUUGAUAAGCGAUGCUGGAAUUGAUCAAGAAACCUUGCAACAGGCCUUCAGUGUUGCCCUGAUGAACCGCUCCCUAAUUACCAUGAAAUUAUUGCUCAGCUACGAUAUUGCACUCACAUUAGCUCACAAGUCAGUACUCCGAGAGCUCGUCAAGGCUGGCGUUUUUGACAUCGUGGGAUUGCUGCUAUCUGUCCCAAACGCUAUGGGUAUGGAAGACUGGCGAUAUGGAUUGAAGUCGCAGAGUGAGAACUUUGCCAUAGUUCUAUUGAUGUCCCUCGCUCACCAGCCCGGCGUGGCGUGCGGUUCCCUGCUGCUCCACUGCUUGAGGUUAGCUGAUGUGGAAGCUACGGCGUCGGUCCUAGCCUAUGCUGACCCAGGUGAGGACUUCUCAGACGUCCGCCAGAGCGCAUACUCACUGCUGCUUCUCGUCCAUGAUGAGGGAACGAGAUUCGAAUUCUGCAGACUGUUCCAUGAGGCUGGUCUUUUGCUAGAUGCUCCAGAGCUCCGUUCGUUGCUCUUGGAAGCGGCAAAGUCUCACAAUCUCCCACUAACCCGCAUCCUCAUGACCGCUGGUGUGAGUUUCGAUAUCGAGCCCUUCAACGCACUCCACUGGACCGUGAAGCGGAUGGAUCUUGACGUUCUGAAACUGUUCUGGGGCCGCCAUUUUGCAUCUCCAGUCUCGCCAGUGUUGAGCCUUGUGCCCGAUUCGGCCUCAGAGUUAGACCUGCUCCAACUCCUCCAUGUCUUAGCUCCUCACGGUCUGUCAGGCGAGCCCCUGCACUCACAUCUGGUUCGAGCGGUGGACAAGCAGCACAGCAGGCUCGUUGGUACAUUGCUCAUCCUCGGCGCAUCCCUGGAAUUCGACCGAGCGGCCGCUGUGCGGGCGGCCUUGGAACAGGCAAACUUCGACGUCCUGGGGAUGCUGCUUCGCAAAGACUGCUCACCUGACAUACUCUCGGCUGCCAUUCCAGCUGCCAUGGCUUUAGGCCCAGGGGCUCAGAGAUUGCAAGCUAUGAGGUGUCUUAUGGAGAAAGGAGUGUCGACACAAGCAUUGGGCCUACCGCUACAGACGGUCGUGUUUGAAGCAGGCGCUGUCGAUUACGACCUGGUCAGUGUCCUCUUGAAACAUAAAGCACCCAUUGACGGCAUCGGCGAACAUGAUAACAAUGGUGUCUUGAUGGCUACGCGGCGAGGCGAUCUCCACCUGCUCAACUUACUAUGUGACGCAGCGCCCCUGGCAAGGACGUUGUCUGAGGCUGUUCCGCUCGCAUUCGAUGGGCUUCAUUUCCACGGAAAGGAAACCGUCCUUGAGAUGAUCACAACUCUUCUCAAUCGCGGAGCAACGGGUGUACCGGUCAAUGAGACCCUGUUAGAUGCAAUCUUUCACGCUCAGCGACUGGAUAUUGUCCGCCUUCUACUUACACAUGGAGCAGAUGCGAACUACAUGGGAGGUGUAUCCUUCCUUGCUGCUCUGGACAAUCUCGAAUUGCUUGGGAUCUUGUGCGGCAGCUGCCCACCCAACGAGGCGGUCGCGAAGGCUGUGCUGUCGACCGCUCUUCUACCACAGCACUACAACCUUGAGGCUCUCGAACUAUUACUUGCCUCCACCGCUUCUUUUACUGAUGCCUUGAACUCGCUGCAGAUUUGGCACUGCGUCAAAAACAACCCAAAUUUAGAACCGAUUGUUUUGUGUUUCCUCCGACACGGUCUGGAUGUUAAUCUUAAGGGUAGAAACAAACUUUCGUUCGUCGUUCAGAAGCAGAACAUGAUUCUGCUGCGAGCGCUGCUCCUUGUGAAUCCAACCACGCCUACUUUGCGAACCGCAUUCGAGGCCGCUAUCAGCAUCUCCGACAGGGCCACCAUGCUCGAAGCAAUGAAGCUGCUUCUAUGGCAGGCCAAGUCGGCAGAGAUUGGACAAUCGAGCGCGCUGAUGCAACAAACUCUUCUUGCUAUCAACGGUGAUUCCGCGAGCCUCGAACUUUGCCUCAAGCAUGGAGCGAAGGUCGACAUCGACGGUGGUAUGGUCAUCCAGACUGCGGCUGCUGCAGGAUCUCCCAAAGUGCUGGAGAUGCUUUGCUUGAACGAGCCAGCACCCAUGUCCCUUCGUCGGGCAUGUCUUGCUGCAGCAAGCUCGGUGACCAACGAGGAUCAGAAGCAGCGCAUGUACAAGCAUCUACUCGCUGCCAACAGUGGUGCCUUGACCCAGGAUAUAUCGAGUUUGCUAGCCGACUCCGUUCUGGCAUUCCCGAACUACCUCGAAUUGCCCAAACUGCUGAUAUCACGGGGCGCAAAAGUCAGAGUCGCAACUCUGAAGAAAGCCUUAGUGGCGUCCUCGCGCGAGCUGUUCGGGAUGUUGGCAACCAAGGUCAAGAGCAGUACCACUGUCGCGGCGCUAUUCCGACACGCAAGAGCGACCACGAUGGACCCGGACAGGAAGUACUGGGCGUAUCAAUACCUGUUAGCCAAAGGAGUGCCCCCGGAAGAGAUCUCUAAAGCCCUUGUUGCAUCCAUGAGAACAACGCUUACCGAUCUGUCGUGUCAAAAGCUGCUUCUGCGUCACGGAGCUGCUGUCGGCUACAAACGCGGUCUUGCAUUCCUCCUGGGACUCCGAGCGAACUCUCGCGAGGCUGUGAAGCUCCUGAUCCAGUUCAUCGACGACGACCAAACGGCCAACAUAGCAUUCUCGCACGCACGAAAGACUCCGUUGGAGGACCCGAAAGCACGCUACGAGGUCUAUGGUUCCCUGUUACAAUGGAACAUCAGUCAUGCGUCGAUGUUCAAUUGCCUUGUCGCGGUCCUUCAGGAAUCGCACUCUAAUGUUUCCGUCAUAGAAACGCUUCUUGAAAAGGGCGUGGAUCCGAAUAAACACAAGGCCAAGUGCUUCGUCCUGGCAGCGAGGACCGGCGCAGAACCAGCUUUUCGAGCCCUUAGCAAAUACGCGAAGUUGGCGGUGGUCCUGCGAGCUUUACAGCAUCACUUCGAAGCUGAGAAGGACGUUCUCCGAUGGUCUCAAAUAUGUCUUCAUGAGCAGCCAUUCACAACGAGGAUUGACGAUGAUGAGCUAGUACUUUGCACUGGCUGGAAGAAGGAGCAGUGCACGGCUCUGGUGUGGGCGCUGUUUUCUAGCCCAAAGGUUGGCAACGACAAUAUUCUGGUGCUUCUUGAUCAGGGAGCUGAAGCACUACCUUGGUACAACACACCGAAGACGCAGGUCUCAGCGGCAUUUGGCUGCCUCCUGGACAAGAGUCGAACCUCCAUCCUAAUGAGGCUCCUCACGAUGAGCCGCAGCCGGACCAUGUCGUACGAAAUUCCCAUAACCUCCUUCAAUCACCUUGGCGCAUUUCUCACCACUUCCGCGCCUGACGAGAGCUUCUUAGGUGCAUCCGGCACACUGGAUCUGCGGCUCGCGUCCUUAUACUUUGGCAGCGCGGAUGCCUUCUGUGUACUGAACAUUGGCCAUCCAGAAGACGACGGAUCUCUACAUCUCGCAGCGCUGCUUGCACUGCCAAAGGUGGUAGACCGGCUCCUGCGCACCCACGACCCGAACGUGAAGGAAGAGGAGUUCGACAACAGAAUUCCUUUGGCUGUCGUUUCCGACGCCCAGCCCCAGCCUUGGUGCAAGAUCGCGAAUGAAGAAGCGGACUUUCGAACUCGACAGAAGCAGACGAUGCAGCUUCUAGCAGCCAAGACGAAACCUGUCUGGAGGUUUCGAGGCAAGACAGUGCUUCACUUUGCUUUGGAUAACGGGGUUCCUACAGCCCAGGCGAUGAUUGAAGCACUGGACAUCCGGCACGACUCGCGGAGGCAGGAGAAGUAUCGAUAUACGGAUAAAGGAGGGAAACAGUACACGCCGCAUGAAUGGAUUAUCGAGUUUCUGGAGGCCGGUGAUGAGGAGAAGGUAGAGCUUGUCAAAUGCCUGCAGGUGGAUGGGGGUUGGAUGGCACCGCUGUUGAGCUUUCCUGGCCGAUUUAUGCCUUCCUUCGAGGGUCUCUGA